CAAAACGAUUAAUGGGAUUUACAGACGAUAUACAUGAUGCCGAUGGAUUACUAGUUUAUUAUAAAUGCUUUUAAAAUAGUUUUAUAUGACGGAAAACAUGUUUCGGUAAUUUUCGGUUUCCGAGUCAACAUGGCAUUAUGCCAUUAGAAGUUCAGCAAUACUUCUGUAACGUCAGUGUGUUUGUUUUUUUUUCUUUUUUCGUACCCAUAUGUGGCUGACAUUAAAAUCAGUGCGCGUUUCUGUAAAGACGCUGGAGUAACGACCUCGAUAACACCACGAACAGCAUCAGCGAAUUGGGGGGAACUGGGGGUGUGAAGGAUGGGGGAGGGACACAUUUUUCCAGUUCUUUUGUAGGCUGUAGAAGGUGCUUAAUAACAGACGGGAGAGGCGGGGGAGAGAGCGAUCCGGGAGCCUCUUUUGUCUACCGUAGUCAUUUAAGAAACACAAAAGCUACGCUUAGCGGUGCUUCAGUUCGCCACCUGGAGAUCUGCGAUUGUCCUGUAGUAGGAUGGAGAAUUUGAGGUAUCCUAACCCGUAGCCACAGAUUGGGAUAUGAAGUUGUGAAAUCCUGGCAAAACGAAAUCGUGUCCAGCGGUUCAGGACCCGAACUGUAAGAUCUAAGGAUAGGGGAGGAUGCGGAGGCUUGGGUGCCAUCGGAUAGGUCUGCUCUGGAAAGGCCUCCUCCUGUUUCUUGCGGCCGCUUUCGCCGGGCAGCUUCUGGGCAUCAUCUUCAAUAAAAGUGCAGAGAGGCCCCCGUCGCUCUUCUCUCUGCCGUCCAUGGACUCUCUCGCCCCUCCUCUCGGCUUGUGCCAGGUGCGCACCCACGUCAUGUUCUUGAAGACCCACAAGACGGCCAGCAGCACCGUGCUCAACGUGCUGUACCGCUUUGGGGAGGAAAGGGGCCUUCAGUUCGCCCUGCCCCUUGGUUACCAGUUUGGCUACCCCAUGCACUUCAUCGCCCACAGAGUUAAAGGGUACCGAGGGCCGCGUGCUGUGGAGUUCAGCAUCAUGGGGAACCACAUGCGCUUCAACAAAGUGGAGGUUGAGAAAGUGAUGCCUGCGGACACGUUCUACUUCUCCAUCAUCCGUGACCCCGUGGCUCUGGCAGAGUCGUCAUAUGGUUAUUACAAAGCGGUGGCCCCUGCAUUCAAGCGAUCGAAGGGACUUGCGGACUUCGCCUCAGACCCAUGGCGGUACUAUGACCCCCGAUUGCGUAACAACCACUAUGCCCGCAACCUCCUGUGGUUUGACUUUGGCCUGGACCAUAAUUCCAACUUCUCCUUGCCGUUAGCCAAGAGAGGGGAGGCAGUGGUGCGCAGGUCCUUCAGUCUUAUACUGAUAUCCGAGUACUUUGACGAGUCUAUGGUACUCCUCCGCCACGCCCUCUGCUGGCCGCUGGAUGCUGUGGUCUCCUUCAGCCUGAAUGCCCGGCAAGCGGGGGCCAGUAGGGGGAGCUUCGGCGGGAGGCUGACUCUGACAGAGGAGCAGAAGCAGAAACUCCGAGAGUGGAACGCACUCGACUGGCACCUCUAUGUGUCCUUUAAUCGAACCUUCUGGGAGAAGGUGGAGCUCUUCGGGAAGGCCCGCAUGGAUACGGAGGUGGCCCUCUUGAGGACCCGGCGGGGCGUAAUGGCCCGGAUCUGCCUGCAAGAUGACGGGCGGCCUGUGGAGGCCAGUCGUAUCCAGGACAAGGCGAUCCGUCCCUUCCAGAGUGGGAUGGUGAAGAUUCUUGGGUACAUGCUGAGAUCAGACCUGGACAAUGCAACCUAUCAUGCAUGCCUGAGGAUGAUCAGGCCUGAGAUCCAGUACAAAGACUUCCUUGAUGCAAAGCAAUUCCCCCGCCCUCUGCAGCCCUCCGUGUUGGGUGCUGGAUCCCUGCGGAGAGAACUGCAACCCCCCAGGAGAGCUGAGCAGAGACCAGUGAGAGGAACACGGAUCGACUUGGACAGGCUGGGUUUAGGUCUCAACCAGACUGCACCCCUGGCAGGAAGGAAACGCCCACUAAGAUAGCUAUAAAGCCUCUUCCUGUCUGUUAAAUGCAGAAGCGACCUGAACUGGUUCUGACUGGCGUAUGACACUCUGGCUCAGAAACACUCUAUGACUGCUAAUGGUAACUGGUUUUCCUCCCAUGUUUUCUUCGUGUUUUAAUCGCAUCUGUAUGCACUUUUGGAAAGAGAAUCAUAAUGCAGGUCCCCAGUGUCCGCCGUGGUGUAUUGCGAAAUCGCGUCGAGGCACACGGUCAGCAGUUUUUCUUGAAUAUGGAAAUGAGCGUUGAGUGCGUGUGUGGCGGAGGAGGCGGCGAGAACCGGUCGGCAUCAGAGGUGCAGCAUUUCGAGUGCCGUGGUGCAUGGAUGUGUCUGCUCGGCCUCCUGGCGGAAGCAAGCGGGAGAUUCCCGUGCAAGUCCCCUGCACGCAUUCGGCGAAUGAGCAUAGGUGUCCCCUGCCCCCGGGGGGGGGGGGGGGUGCCACUACACUGCUAACCUGUUACUUACCCAGAAGCUAAUCCGGCGUAACGAGAGUGAUGAUGUGAACUGGGGUUUCCCAGCAAGUACCAUGACAAUCCAGCCGAAUCAGUUCUCAUACGCUGUAACUCGGCACUUUUAAUUAUGCGUAAUUAUGUCAUUUUGUGUAAGAGGCAUGCAUUACGUCUAAGAAAAUAUUCGUGUUUCUUCGCCAUUCACUGAAGUCCAGAUGCUGUCAAAAGUUCUGCAGACCUCUGUGAAUGGGAGGUCCACAGACCAUACUGAGAUGCCGAUUGGCUCAGUGGGCCUGAAGGAUGUUGGGAUGGUUUCUACUCUGAUUCCUUUUAAUCGCCUGGUUCUUCAUCAGCAUAAACUAAUGAAUGAUACCACAGGUGUUUAAUAUGAUUAAUUAAUCCGUCAAGCUUCCUAUAGUACGAGUAUUUAAAAAAAAAAAAAAAAAAAAAAAACUUGAAUGAUUCUUAAAAACAUACUUAAAUUUUUUAAUUGUUAUUGAUAAGUAACAUAAAUGAGAAUAAUAUGUUAAAUCUCAAUAGCAUAGGCAUCUGUUUGGUUUUUUGCACCAUUGUGAAACACUUGCAUGAAAUUCUGAUUCUUGAGUAUGGUACAUUUUUCAGUUACGUGGUAAUGUUUCAAGUGGUUGUUUGUCCUUGUGGAUUACAUUUUAUCUUGACAUGGCUUUGAAUGUGUUCAUUUAUGUGCAGAAUUGCAGAAAGGUUGCAGUGUUUCAAGAAGCGUCACUCAGACUUUAUUAUUGUACAGAGUACAGUACAGCGGCUGCCCCACUACAAGCCCCAGAGAGGCGAGAACCCAGGGGAUGUCAGGGCAGAACUGAGGUCUGGUGAUGCGGGGGGAGGGGGGGGGGGUUCCCGCAGUUGCUGGUGAUGAAAGCCAAGCAUCCUCGCACCAAGCUGGGUCCGUCUAAUAAUGAGGGGACUGAGCAGCGUGAAGAUGUUUAAAUGAUGAAACACUCAAAUUGUUCGCAAGUCUAAAAAGACUAUAAUGUGUAGGGAAUCGUCGGUUUCUUUUAAAGCUUUGCCAGUUAGGAUGUAUUUCUGCGUGUAUGUGAUAAAGGCAGUGCAAUGGCACAGUAGGUCAGACUAAGGCCUCACGUAUCCAGGUUCGUCGCUAAAUUAGCCACAGUGUGCGAGUGUGUGCGUUGUUUCCUGUAACCGGUUCCAGGCUCGACACAGUACUGGAUAAAGAGUCAACGAAGACCGAUAGACAAAACGGGAAAGACGUUUCUUCGUUUGACAGCACUGCCUCUGCCGCACUGCCACUCAGACCACCCAGUGUGUUCAGGUUCACAGUCUGUUCUGCUUCCGACUGAAGAUCCAAGAGCUGUUUUGUCGUGUAGGUAAGUUGAGCCUGUCAUGAUGCCCCUGGCGAGACGUGCUGCUUGAUACAGAAUUACAGUCCCAUUGGUAAACGCGGGUGAAACAGGGACAGCACUGGUAGACGGGUAAAGCAAUGGUCAUCUGUUAACGUCAUCGGGAAGCACAGGAAAGCCAGUAUAGCGAAAAUACGGAGCGCUAACAACUAACAGGAAAACGAGGCUAUAAAUCCGGCACUUUACGGUUGGGGAAAAGGCAGUUGCUAUAAGACUGGUCUCCUGUUUUUGGUCCCUGUGUCUCUGCAUAAACAAUGUAUGAGGCCGUCAUUUGAACCAAGAGGCCUGUGUGCUUUGGUCGACUGCCAUGCCCUUGCCCUGCGCCGUCCUCUUCAUCACUAAAAGCUGCUCUAUGUGGAAGGGUUCAUGGGUGAUGGAUUCACGAUUUUCCCAGGCAGGUGCAGCUCACUCCUGUUCACCAGUCAGGGAGAGGGUGGACAUUUUUUGCAAAUCCGUGUAUCUAGGUGGAAUACCUGACUAAAACAUAUACCCCGUAAGUCAAUGUUAAAUGUGCGGUGACCCAAUUUAGUAAUGUUAGCCGUCAAGGUGGCCCAAGGAGAAUGGAUAACUGAGGGGAGUAUGACGAACAGCUUGUCUUCGAAUCAUUCUCUGCUUUAUGUACUCCACUUAUAGUCCAAAGGUUAAUUCUAUUGUCCAUAUGAACACCUGUAUGUUCUAUUGACUAAUCUCAUAUUCACUUAUUGUGCUGUUGAAAAGUCUUUUGUGACAGGGUUUCGACGGAGAUGUCAUGUGACUGCAGCUGAAAGUUGGAAUGCACGGUAGCGAUGAAAACUGGACUUGCUGGCAGUUUCUUUGUUAUUUUGAAAAGGUACAUGAAAGAUUGGCACUAACGCGGAGCUAAUGUGAAACUGCAUUUUUGCCAUAAGCGACUCGCACUCUGAGUUUGUUCGGCCGCAUCCUUCAUGCUGGAAUAACCGGUCCGCAUGCUGAUUCAGCUCAGAUUGGAAAAAUGAUCUGCCCAGGAGGCUGAAAGUGUUGCCUGAGAAUGCAGAGCGCAGGACGGCGCAGAUCUAUUGUCACCUCCUUGUUACAGGUUUACUGCACUUGCUGUUGUCUGAGUCUGAGCAUUAGUAAAUUAAUUAGGUAAGUCUUCAACUUUUUAAAUUACAGGACAUUUGGGAUCUAAAAAGACCUAAAAAUGUCAUGAUUGUUUUAUUUCAAAUUAAAAUAAAACUACACCGCUCUCCCCUUCCUUUGAAUGUUGGUCUCUUAUCUAUGUCUAAUUUAUUUUUCUUAUUUGAUAACAUUGUAUGUUUGGUUUAAAACAUACAUUAUGGCAUUAAUGUGUCUAUAGCUUUUUUUAAGAAUAAAAUGGACUAAUUUCUCUAGAUUGUGGACGACUUGGCAAAUGUCUCCUUUUUCCUUUACUUGCAUUCAGAGUGAGAUGUUCAUUCAGUCUCUGUUCUGUAUCUCAGCUAGUUGCUAUGCAGACAGAGGACAUGUCAUCACAGGUUGACAAACUGGAAAUUCUGGAUUGCAUUCUCUGAAAUGCUCUGCUCUAAUUCCUUCAAAAGAGUUUCCCCCUGAGAUUAAUAAAACGUGUCUUUUCA